AUGAGCGCGCCGGGCGGAGGAGGCGAAGCGUUGGCGCUGCAAGUCGCGGCGCAGUGCACACCGCCGGCGUUUGCGCACGUAUGUCCUCAUAUUUUUCGGUGUGCGGAUCCUACGGCACAGAGCGGAUCGUUUGCAUUCCUCGAGUCGCUGGGGCUGCGCAGUGUCGUUUUGCUCUCGAUCGAGUACCCCUCCACGGCGCUCGAGCAGUUCUGCGCCAAGAACCACGCGGAGCUGCACCACUUUGGCAUUGAGCGGCGGUGGCCGACGCCGAACGUGAUUGGGCUGCGCGAGGCGUACGGCGCGCCGUCGAAAGCAAGCAGCCUUUUCCUGUCGUCGCACGAAAUCAACUCGUUCAGCGUGCUCGAGUCGAUCGUAAAGGACGCGCUGCAGCUGCUGCUCGAUGUGCGGAACCACCCGGUGCUGGUGACGGAUACUGCGGGCAUCUUCGAGACGGGCACGCUGCUUGGCUGCCUGCGCAAGAUGCAGGGCUGGAACUUUUUGAGCAUCCUCGUCGAAUACCGCGGCUUUGCCGGACCUCUUGCGCGAAGCACGAACGAGCGCUUCAUCGAGAUGUUUGAUACGGACCUCGUGACGCUCCCCCCCGUCGAGUUCAUUCCCGACUGGCUGCUCCCGCCCCAGCAAUUCUUUGUCGACGAGCAGGAGCGCAGCGAUUCGGCGGGCACGUCGGACUCGAGCCGACGCGAUAGUCUAUCACAAUAA